AUCAGCAAGCUAAGCACAACCACCUUAUACAAACUGCAGUUCUCUGAAUAUUCAACCAUCAGCCCAUCAGCCAUAAAAGCAGGAGAAGCAACCAUGAUCAGUGCCAAGAGACUUGUUGAGAUGGCAAAGAAGUGGCAGAGAAUGGCUGCCCUGGCGAGGAAGCGGCUGACGGCGAAUCCGGGGAAACAAGCCGCCGAUGGUUCGUGCGGCGCAUCGACAUCGGUGGCCGUCAAGGGCCACUGCGUCGUGUACUCCUCGGACGGGUGGCGGUUCGAGGUCCCGCUGGCUUAUCUCGGCACAGCGGUGUUCAGCGAGCUCCUGUCCAUGUCGCAGGAGGAGUUUGGGUUUGCCGGCAACGAUGGCAGGAUCACGUUGCCCUGUGACGCCGCAGUGAUGGAGUACGUGAUGUGUUUGCUUGGGCGAGACGCCUCUGAAGAGGUUGUGAGGUCGUUGUUGAGCUCCAUCAUCUCCAUGGUCAGACCUUGCCACCACAGCGUCAGUGGCAUGGUGCCAUCGUUGCGCCAAUCAGCUAUCUGUGUAUAGCUAUGAUUAUAUUAGUUCAUGAUGUAUAUAAUAAUAGAUUCAUUUAGGCGGAUGUAUAUUCUGGAAUCAAAGGAAUCGCACAAAAGGUUGCAUGAAUGUGGCACUCGUGGCACGAAUCUGGGAUCACAGGAAAUCCCAGAAUAGCAUGAAUCACACUAUUUAAUUUGUUUGCUUUUCGAGAGAAUGAAACACUGACGUGAUGGAGAUUAGCUGAAAGCCAGCAUCAAUAAUGUGUCGCUUGGGACAAAGGCAGGAUGGUCCAAGAUGUAUUGGUGAGUUCCUUUGCUUAUGCCUGCUCUAUCUUCCUUCCUGCCAUUUUAGAUGUGUGUGGCAUGAUAGAUAAAAUAUGAUAGACCAAAGUUCUA